AUGAAAUCCGGUCAUCCCCCUGUCGUACCUACCCUUUAUACAUCCAGUCAACGUCAGAAUGCCUUCAGCGGUACCUCCAACGUUAUGAUGGGAUCGGACCAUGCGACUAUCCCUCCCUCCCCUGGAGUUCCCGUCCCUGGCUUCGAGGCGCUCACCAUGGGUACUACAUCCAAACGGGAUUUGCCAUCCCGCAACCGCAAGAACAAGGGCAAGGAAAACGCACAAACAGGUGCCGGCGUCAAGAAGCAGGUUAAGAAGAGAUCAGAUAACACCAUGGCGAAGCUUGUGGAUGCUGGUUUCAUUGAGAAGGUUGGUACCAGUGGCCAGAGGCCUUUCCGAUUCAUGGAUCUCCCUGGUGAACUCAGAAACGAGGUCUAUAUGCAUACCCACGGUCGUCCCAAACAGGCUCUUUUGGUAUACCGUCCGCGCAUUGCCUCUUUGCGUCCACGGACUCGUCUAGAUCGCGGGCGUACUCUGGCAUCCGACCUCGCAGGACAAGUGCAAGAUGAAGAGAUAUUGAGUGCCUGCAACAAGUCUGGUCGUUCAGCUAAGUCCAAAGUCAAGACCGAACUUCGCGAGACCAAUCGCCCUUUUUGGGGUCUUACCCAAGUUUGCCAGCAGGUCAGGAUUGAGUACCGCCCGAUUUACAUGGCGACACAAGAGAUCGGCAUGGACCUCGCCGAGAUCGUAGACUACCUGCAGACGUUUUACCCCACCGCCACUGACGUUGUCUCCCAGCUUGAACCCCCUGGAACACGCCAGAACGAUGCGCCGUUCGUUGGGAACCUUACGAUCGCCGUAAGUGACAAAGUCAACGAUCUGGAGCGCGCUGUAGACGGAAUCGAGGUCUUUCCCCUUCUUGACAUCUGGGCCAACAGCCUCAAGAUCGAAGCUGGGUUCGGGCGCUAUCUCAAGGCCAACUACGUUCCUGAGACUGAUGGUGAAGCCAAGGAUCUCUACCGCCUCUUCGGCCGUCGCGUUCUCAAAAAUCGCUCUUGCUCAGGCAUGAAUAACCUCUGGCGCUCCAUCCUUCGCAGCGGGUCUCUUGCCUCGGUCCGCAUCCACCGGAAGCCAGCUUCGCAUGGCGCUGCCGCCGUUUCCACCAUGGCGGUUGUUGGAGCCCAGCCUCCUUUGUCUGCUGUAACCAAGCCCUACCUUCACAUCAUCUUCAAGCAGGAUGCUGCUGAGCCAUGGAUGACCAAGUUUGAGUCUGCCGUCCCCAAGAUGCCUAUUGAUUGGCUCGCCGAGCGCGGUUUUGGUGCCAUGGAGUACUUCGAGGUCAAGGUUGGUGUUGAGCAGGAUGCCUAA